CUAACGGACAGCUUCGAGCAUCGACAGUGAACCUGAACGUUGGACAUCGAGAGUGAUUCUACAGCAACCCCGCAAGCAAACACUUUGGGAAGAACCAUGAACAAAUCCGCAACGGUUUGUCUUUUACUGGCCAUGGUGGUGCUGCUGGUCAGCUAUGCCUCCGCUGAGCAUAAGAGACCAGACAAUAAACCCAGUCGGAUCGACGACGUCAACUCGGAGGUGGUCAAACCGCUGGACAACAUUCUAGGUGACCUGGACGGAUUGCGCAUUCGACGACACGCUCAAGGUGGAGAUAAUCAGGGAGGGCAGGGAGGCCAGGGAGGAGGUCGUCGUCCCCCAUCGAACAACAAUCAUGGACAGCGCAACGGACAGAAUGGUCAGGGUGACCAAAACAGCAAUGAAAAUUAGUCGCGAGCUGCUCCAAACCUGGACCUAGGAGAUUUUCGUUUCAAAUACAUCCUCUUUUUAACAGCAUAAACAUGUGGCUGAACAUUGUUGUAAAUCAGUCUAUAAUUAUGAAGAAAAUUGGCCAGAAUAUGUGACCUAAGUCUUUCAGUUGCUAUUCAUCGUUUUUUAUCUCUUGCACAAUUAUUUUUGUUUUGCUUUGUCCUUAAAAUUACACAUGUUUAGAUGCUGCAACAAACUAGAGCAAGAUGCUUCAGCGUUAACUUCAAAUUGUUAUUGAAAAAUAAAUCCCAUAUCAACCAAUCA